UGUGAGAUUUUACAAGUUUUUUAUACUUAAAUUAGGUAGUAAUUAUUUAGUACUAAACAAAGGAAAACAGCAUAGAUAAAGAAACAUAAUUAUAGAGAUAAUGUACACGUUUUAGAGGAUUUCGAUAUAAGGUAAAAGAAAAAACAAGACAAUUAGUGUAGGUUGAUAGUUUCAAUGGAUACUAUAGCGUUUAAUAAAGUGCAACCUGUUAUGAGAAAAGUGAAGAAGAAGCCGGUGAAAGGUGAGCCUGAUCGUCUUAAACAAGCUGAGAAGAAAAAGAGGCGCUUAGAGAAAGCUCUUGCUACUUCUGCAGCCAUCAUAUCUGAACUAGAGAAGAAGAAGCAGAAAAGGAAGGAAGAACAGCAAAGACUUGAUGAAGAGGGCGCUGCAAUUGCCGAGGCUGUUGCUCUGCAUGUGUUACUUGGUGAGGACUCUGAUGAUCCAUGUAAUCUUGUGCUGAAUGAGGAAGAGGGAUUCAAUCCAUGGGAUUGUGCUAGCAGUAUUGAUCUCUUUUUGGGUGAACAGAGGGCAUGUCUUCCCUAUCAGGAUGUUAUAAGGCAUUCGGAUGAAAGAAUUGGGUGGAUAUCUAAUGCUUGCGGAACUGAAUGCGAGUGGAAUGAAAUGGAUGAUAACAAUUGGUCAUUCUCGUGUGGAUCUUUUGGAAGAGAUGCAAACACACCGUACUUUGAAGAAGAGGGUUGGGGGACUACAGAAUUCUCAGCUGGUCUUAUUGCAGCGCAGGCUGUUUCGUCGCUCCACAUUGCUGAGGAUGCUCAAAUCGACAGGAUCAUCUUCAAUGGGAUGCUAUGAGGAUAGAAGAAAGCGUGCUGCCUCGUGAUUUAGUUCUAAGUGAUCAUUCUGUAAAUAUUCGUGAAAUCUCAUCUUUGUUUAUCUAAUUUGUAUGUUGCUUCCGAUUUGAACCAACAUUGCACAAUGGUGCUUUUGCUUUUUUAUAUCAUUUGCUUGUACUAGCUUGAUUUCUAA